UCUCUCAUUUCUCGCCGGCUCCCAUUUACUCCAUCCAAACAACCCGCUCCUUCUCUCUCUCUUCUCUUUUCUUUCCCAGAAACUACCGAAACCACCUCAAAAACUACCUCCGUACUGCUUUAAAUCCGCCCACCUUUCUCCCCAUCUGGUUUUCCUUUAUGUAGAUUGUAGAACACAGACCCAUCAGCAGUCGCCAGUUCCUUCAUCUGUAGAAAUGGAUAAGCUGAGUGUUCAGCAGAAGAAGGCCGCUAAACAGGCCAAAUCAAAGAAGAAACCAAUCAAAGUUGUGUACAUCUCAAACCCCAUGAAGGUCAAGACCAGUGCAUCAGAGUUUAGGGCUCUAGUGCAAGAGCUCACCGGCAGAGACUCCGACCUGACUGACACCGUCGCUAGAUUCUCCGACACCGACAGUGUUCAGAGGGUACCAGAUCAACCCAUUAAGAUUACCAAUGAAGGUGUAGCGGAAGUCCCCAGGGUAGACGCCUAUCAAGAGUCCCCGGCGGCGAGCUCCGAUUCUUUGCUGGAGCCUUUUGAUGAUGUUUUCACCCCUCAGAUGCUAGAGAAUUUUGUGGGGUUCCUGCCUCCUUGUUUGUUCACUGAAUUCCCUCAGGUAGAUUUCUUCAGAAGCCUUGAUGCAAUGUAAAUAUUUUCAGCGUCCUUCAGUUGGGGAGUUCUAUAUUUCUCUUUGUUAAUCAACUCGAGUAUAUGUACUUAACCAUUUUCCUUUCUGAUCUUAUAUAUACUUGUUAUAGUCCAUGAAUACUUGAAGGGUUGAGCUAAGUUGGUUUUCCACCAACAGAAAAGGGAAAAAAAAUAAGGUUCUAGUCUA